GCAGAGGGAGGGAGAGAGAGAGAUGGGUCGUGUAAGCCAGUCGUAUGUAAAGGCACGAGACGAUCUUUGGUCGUAUGUGCGGUCACUGUGAACCGACCCGGGAGAGAGCUGUCGGACUUCACAAGGGUGGGGAUUUCUCCGGGAAGAAGCAUCGCAGGGAACAGUUUUCUCUCUCUCUCCCUCACCCCCCUCCCCUCCCCCCAUCCCUCCCUCUCCCUCCCUCCCUCACCUUCCCCCUCCGUUGGUGAUCGACCUCGCCACUGAGCCCGGGGAACUGGCGGCGCAUGUUCCCGUCCCGGCGUUCGUGCGCAGUCCGUAGACUCUGGAGGGGCCGCUGCCAGAAUGGGGGUCUUCAGGGCGGGUUGAAGCCCCUGACUCACUCGCUCUUCAAGAGGCUGAGGGAAGACCAGCUAGAGAUGCUAGCCAGGGCGGUGGAGGCUGGGGGAGCUGAGGAUCGGGUAGGGUGCGUGUCCCUGGUCAGGAGCGGGGUAAACCACUGGCCCCAGGUCCUGACCUGCAAGUUGUUCCGCUGGCCAGACCUCAGAUGCCCCCACCAGCUCAAACGCCUCUCCAUCUGCGACUGCUCCAGGAGGAGUGUGGAGGAUUCUGGCCUUGUCUGCUGUAACCCUUACCACUUCAGCCGGCUGUGCGAUCCAGAAUCUCCGCCACCACCUUACUCCAAGCUAUCACCAAGCAAAAACCAGAACAACAUUGAUGACUUCCUGGAAGACAACUUUGCCUACGACCAAAGGGCGAUAGAACCUUCCAACAACACCAGUGACCUUUGGCCAGAUUUUGGCUUGGCCCCGCAUCUGUCAAGAGAGGCCCACUGGUGCAGCGUGGCCUACUGGGAGCACAGGACCCGGGUGGGCCGGCUCUACGCCGUCCACGAGCCCUCGGUGGGGGUCUUCUGCGACCUGCCCCGGGGAAACGGCUUCUGCCUGGGCCAGCUCCACGUGGCCGACCGGCACGAGAUGGUGAGGAGGACCCGGGGCAAGAUAGGCCGGGGCAUCUUGCUCAGCCGCGAGUGGGACGGGGUCUGGGCCUACAACCGCAGCGAGCACCCCGUCUUCGUCAACUCCCCCACCCUGGGGCCCCCCAACUCCCGCAGGCUCUCCGUCCACAAGGUGCAGCCCGGCUACUCCGUCAAGAUCUUUGACUACGACAAGGCCCGGGCCUUGCAGAGGACGGCCAUCUUGGAUUUUCCCGACGGCCCCUACGACCCUAACAGUAUCCGGAUAAGCUUCGCCAAAGGCUGGGGCCCCUGUUAUUCCAGACAGUUCAUCACCUCUUGCCCCUGCUGGCUGGAGAUACUGUUGAACCACUCGUGAAGGAUUGUCCGCCUCUCGUCUAGGCUUUAGAGACACAGCGCGAAAACGGGCCCUUCGGCCCACCGAGCCUGAGCCGACCGGCGAAACACUGGCACUAUCCUACACACACUAGGGGCAAUUUAC